CGGCAUUGUGGAUCUACAGCUUUCUGUGUCGCAGGGUUGCAUUUACCGCCAUCUUGUCCAUAUCCUAUGCUUUUGCUGUAUAUUCUUUUUUUGUGGUUAUUUUAAAGACAGUGCAUAGUUAUCACAAAGAUUCAGAAGGGAGAGAAAAAGUAGUAUCGUAGCCAAUAGCUGUUUAGCUUAAGUAUUAAAAUUAAAAAAAACAUUAAAUCUAUGGGUCGGUCACGAAGUCGCAGUUCAUCCCGCUCGAAACACGUAAAGAGUGGCAAACACAACAAAAAGAGGAGCCGCUCUCGGGAAAAGGAACGCGUGAGGAAACGCUCUAAAUCCAGAGAGAGCAAGAGAAAUCGGCGCCGGGAGUCCCGGUCCAGAUCCCGCUCAAACACCACGUCCCGCAGGGAAAGAGAGAGGCCAAUAACCCCUCCAGAGCGUAUAGACAUUUUUGGAAGGACGGUGAGCAAGAGAAGCAGCUUGGAUGAAAAGCAAAAGCGGGAGGAAGAGGAGAAAAAAGCGGAGUAUGAGAGGCAGCGGCGGAUUAGGCAGCAAGAAAUUGAAGAAAAGCUGAUUGAAGAGGAGACAGCACGUCGUGUAGAAGAAUUGGUUGCCAAGCGUGUGGAAGAAGAGUUGGAGAAAAGAAAAGAUGAAAUAGAGAGAGAAGUUCUCCGCAGGGUUGAGGAAGCUAAACGCAUCAUGGAAAAGCAGUUGCUCGAAGAACUCGAGCGACAGAGGCAGGCUGAACUAGCUGCACAAAAAGCCAGAGAGGAAGAAGAAAGGUCGAAGCGUGAGGAGCUUGAGCGAAUACUUGAAGAGAAUAACCGUAAAAUUGCAGAUGCACAAGCUAAAUUGGCUGAGGAGCAAUUAAAAAUUGUUGAAGAGCAAAGAAAAAUUCAUGAGGAAAGGAUGAAAUUAGAACAAGAGAGACAACGGCAGCAAAAGGAGGAGCAAAAAAUUAUAUUGGGCAAGGGGAAGUCUAGACCGAAAUUAUCUUUCACAUUAAAAAGUCCGGAUUAAAGAACAACUUUGAACUUUUCUUCAUCAAAUCAAGACUGUAUUGUAGCUUCAUGUUGAAGUGUUUUUUUUUUUGUUUGUUUUUUUUUAAUAUAAAACACCUUGUCUGAAAUGUCAACAUGUUCUAAAAGGGGCUGUGCUCUUAACCCAUUUACUUUUUAUACAUUUUCUUUAAUGGAAUUCAAGUCAAACCCUAAUCAGAUCAUUAUUAGUUUUACAUAAUUAUGUCUCAUUAACUUAAUUCUUGAGAGGACUAGGUUUCUGUAAAUUGCUUGAUCUGAUGAGGUUUUAACUGACCCUUCCCAGUGUAAUUUUUUCCCCCCACAAAGUUUCUUUUGAUCUGACUUUUUGCAAUACAAUUUUUGCAUUCAUAAAAUUCAGUAUUGUUGAAACUUUGUAUUGUAUUAUAAAUUCAGUGUCUCCAUGAUGCUGUUCCACUUGAUGUUCCUGAUACAGGUAAGGAUAAAGCUUUUUAAAAACUUAACUAGUCUCUCUAGAUCAGUAUUGUCCAUUUACAAAUGUUUUUAUUAUUCUUAAAGCAUCCGGCCAUCAUUCCCUACAAUGUAAAUACACAGAUACGCUGAAUAAAGUCUUAAAUGCAUCA